AUGACCUUGGAAAAAGUUGACAUGUUACUUGAAAUUAAAAAAAAAUAUGAAGAGUUAGUACCAAAAUAUGAAGCAUUAAAGAAAGAAAAAGAAGAAUUUAACGAUACCGCUGAAACAAGCUUUGAAAAAUAUCUAGACAAUUUUUUAAAUUAUCUCGAAAUUCCAAUACCUCCAACUUCUAAUAAUUUUGAGGAUAAU